AUGACUGGUCCACAAAUAGAGGCUAUGGUGUAUGAGACUCCAACAAACGUCAUCAGUAAUGGUCGCUUUUCAGGUUCGGUAGAGAAGGCGAGUACAAUAGUCCCACCCGUCGAAACACCUGCUCCUCCCACUCCAGCGAGCGCUCGACCAACAAUGAGCACAAUGGAGUUCGGAGCUAUUCCACAAAUCAAGCUGCCGAUCUCGAAGAGUAGGAUGGAUGUGAUGAAAGUCGACUUCAAGAGGAAGUAUUUGAAGGCUUUUCCCCAGGAGGACUAG